GAAUGCGCUGCUCCUCAACGCUCGAUCCAAACGGGCCGGAAGUGUCGUGGGAGAGCAGGAACAAUCAAAUGUCAAUUAUUAGACUUCUGGUUUCUGAUAAUUCCAUCAUGUCUUCAGGAUUCGUAAUGCAGCGGUUAGUAAGGAUUGCGAGGCUAUCCCGUUCAUCUGCACCUUACUUUUGUGCUUAUGCUUCUUCUUCUAAAUCCACGGCGGCAAAACAGUGUCGUUCUAUUUCAAUUCUCCGAGAAAAUUCCUAUAUCUUGCAGAAAAAGGCCAUUCCUGGAGAAUUUUUGAAAUGGAGUUCGCUUGGUUUCUGUAGAACAUCAAGAUUCGCCACUGGGUUCAAUCCAUUGCAUCCGAAGCCACUUGACUCAAUUAUGGACGUCGAGAGGGCAAAGACCAAAUCUGCUGAGGAACUUUCUGAUAUAUGGAGUGAUUACCACUUGGGAAGAGGUCAUAUUGGUGCAUCAAUGAAAGCAAGUUUAUACCAUCUUUUGGAGCAAAGAUCUCAAAAUUGCCGGUAUUUUGUGAUCCCACUGUGGAGAGGGAAUGGCUACUCGACAAUGUUCGUACAAGUACAGGCACCACACAUCCUCAUAACUGGCCUUGAAGACUACAAGGCUAGAGGAACACAAGCAUCUCCAUACUUCACCAUUUCUUACUACACAGAAUUCGCAGAAAGCAAGGAUCUAGUGCUUGUCCGGGGGGAUGUCGUCUUCACCAGCAAACUCAGUGACUCCGAAGCCAAAUGGCUCUUGGAGAUAGCACACUCCUUUUAUAUGAACGAUACGAGGUACAAACUUGUUGAGACCUUUAACAAAGAAACAAGGAAGUUUGUGUUUGAGGAUGUUUUGCGUGCAUUGGGAAUGCCAAUUUUGUAGUUGAAGCAAGUGUUAACCUCCCCAAUAUCUUAAACUGAGUUUGGGCUUCAAGAGCAUUGGAUCUUUCUGUGUAUUCACAGUUUUUCAUCGCGGAAAUGUCUGAAAUACCUUGCAGGCUGGGGUGUAUUGCCUGGAGCUUAUUUCAAAAUUAAUGUGAACUCGUGUUUUAGUUAUUAGAGUAACUUGUUUGGGUAAUGCUGAAGAAGGGAGCACUGUAUUGUCUAAUAGUGUUUGACAUUAGUAGUGAGGUAAAUGUACCGGAUUGGAUAUUAAUGAGCUUGAGUUCCGCUUGUGAUUUCAUUUCUGGACCACUCAAGUUUGAUCCAAAUAUUUGUAAUUCAGUUCACAUUAAAAAGUACGAAACACAUACUUCAUAAAUAAGUGUAUCCUUUUUUUUAACCCGGUGUUAGACCAAAAAACAAGUUUUUUGGGGGGUAGGGGCCCGAGAAUAGUUUAUCCUUAUAGUCUUACUCCAAGAAUAAGUUGAUCCUAGUUCAUGAAUAUUUCGUGUAAAAUGCUACAACGUAUAUGAGUUGUGAUGUUGUAUGCAUAGAAGUUCACAGUGUACCACACAAAUUGUGCAAGUGCAGUAGUGCAGGACGGUAAGGUGCCUUGUGAUUGUUUAAAUAAUCCUUCUAUUAUACCAUCCUCCGUCUCAUAAUAGAUGAGACAUGAGGUUUCGGCACAGGAUUCACAAAUUCCGGCUCCAUCUCACAGAAGUUGCUCACGAUCACGCCGUGACGCGAAAUCACCGUCCGGAGCAGCUUUUCUGCCACCUCUUUUUUGGGCCUCGCUUUUGAUUUCUUUGGGAUCCACCACACACCCCUUCACCUGAGCUUUGCAAAACUUAAUCUUGUCAUCGUACGGUGCCGGAAGUCCAGCGAUGGUGAACAUCUCUGACUACACCCUCCCCAGAACCUUGGACUCCAUGAUCUUAGUCGAGCUGACGAAGGAGAAGCCGUUGAACACGAUUCAUGGGAUGCUUAGCCCCUCGUUUAAAUCCACAUCUCUCCAAAUCUCCAUUUCGUGGGAAAAGCUAACAAAAAUGAAAACUAAAUUAUUUGGUAUGGUGAAGGCUGAAGGAGUAAACAAGGUGUGGCCAUAUUAGAUUAGAAAGAAACAGUGUAUACGAAGGAAGAUAGAUAGCUCAAGGGGUGGAUGGCAAGAAAUUUUGGGAAAGAGAAAAAUGGGCGAUCGGUGGUGGGAGAGAAAAAUUAGAAAAGGUGGGUAUGAAAUCAUUGUAUUUAUUUUGUUUGCCAAAAAUGAAAGUGUUGCAAUUAAUUUGGAAUUAUUAAAAAAGGAAAAUGUUACAAUUAUUUAGAGACGGGGAAGUAUUUAAAAUCAAAAUUAUUGUAAAUAAAUAUUG